AUGAGUGAUGUGAUGAAACUCCUCCAAGAGUCAAUCGACCAGAAGACUCCAGAUGGCUACCCCAAGUAUGUGGACGUUUGUGAGGAGUUCUUGAGCAAGGGGAUGGUGCCUCCCAUCCAUUCCAGCAGCCAGAUUGGGCAGUUUCGUGAUGUUGGCAAGGAGCAGGAGGUCUCUAUCAUGGCCUGCAUGAUGGUGCACUUCCGUGAGCAGAUCCUCGCCAUCAGUGGCAGCGAGAAGAACCACACUGUCCUUAUGUCGCAGUGGAGAAAGGGGCUCCUUGACAAUAAGUUGAUGUCCGAGGCAAUGGCCAUGAGGCCUGACUUCGAAGUGAAGGACUUGGGAUUUGUGCUGACCCAAGAGCAGGCCAUGGUGAAGUUGCCUGAUAGCUUCGACCGCAGCGAAGAAGCUGAGGAGCAGGCACGCAGGCUUACAGGCCUCGCCCGUGCCUUGAAAGCUGAGCAAGAUUUGAUGCGAGGGCACAAAGCUGCCAGUCAAAGGCACAGCACGCAGGCCUUAGCCACAGAAUGUGAGUUUCAGAAGUCCGUGACCGAUGCUGUGAACAAUUUGUGGGAAGAGCACAAGCUGUUCUAUCAGUGCAUGAUGGCGAAGAGCCUGGCAGCAGCAGAGACUUUGACUCAAGCUGCUCAUUCCCAGCUGGCUGGCAGGAUGUUGACCAGCAGGGAAGAUAUCCCCACUCUCAGCUUCCUGAAUUUGCCAAUGCUGGGCGCCCUGGCCUCCUUCCACACCAAGACUCUGGCCGCGCAUGUGGCGACUCAGCUGAACUCCAUGCCGAGCACUUCUGCCUAUGUCAUUUUCCCGCCCAACCAGCCUGAAGCACGAGUCGGCAAAGUCAACAAGAGGGAAAAGGAGAAAAAGAUCCAAAUCCACCGCGACCUGUGGUUCCAGGAGUUGCAGAGCAACUCUGACUUGGUGGUUUGGCGCGCCACAGGCCUCUUCAACAUUGAGCCCGGACUGUUCUGCUUGGCGUUGGCCGAUGUGCAGGCCUGCGGGCCUGCAACAAGGCGGCGGUUGACACUGGGAGGGCAUCCUUUCUUGGCGGCAGUCUCGGAGGCAGGCUCGGAGGGUGCAGCGCUGGCCUCUGCCUGUGGCCCUGGCCUGGUGCUCCAGGCUGCAGCGGUGCCGAUGGAGAUGGCCCCUGGUUGUGAACAGCCUCUGGCCAUGCUGCCUGGGGUGUGGGGCUGCUGGCCUGCUGGCCUGGUGCUCCAGGCUGUAGAAGUGGUGCCGAUGGACAUGGCCCCUGCCCUGGUUGUGAACAGCCUGUGGCCAUGCCGCCUGGGUUGUGGGCCUGCUGGCCUGCUGCCCAAGCCUGCUGAAGUGGAGCAGCUGGAGCUGUUGCCCCCUGGUUGUGAAGGCCUGCUUGUCCUGCUGCCUUUGGUGUCUGGCCAGCUGGGUGCUGUUGUGGGCCGGGUUGGCUCUGCUGCUGCCGCUGUGCCUCCUGCACUUGGUCUGGUGGCGUUUGCUGCUGCGGCUUUCGCGGUGGAUUGCUUGGCUCUGGUGGCCGCAUUUCACUUGAUGGCUUGCUUGCACCUGGCCUGCUCCCUGAAGCUGUAG